UCCACGGAUAGAGAUUUGGCUGGAGAAACUCAAACAAGUCCUAUAUGAUGCAGAAGAUGUGGUGGAUGAGUUUGAGUGUGAAGCUUUGCGAAGGAAAGUGGUCAAGUCUGGGAACACCACUCGAAAGUUGGCUAAGAUUGUAAGAUCUAAGACAAGAACCACUGCAACAAACCAGCAAAACACUGAUCAAAACAGGGACCCAAAUCUCCAUGGAUUCAUACAACAACGCAACAAAGGACCACUGCGUCAACCCAAAUGCUGUCCAAAUGCAAACUCAAAUGCUUCUUUGCUUGAAGAAUCCAUGGAUGCCUUAUAAAUUAAGAUCUCAUUUGUAUUAUUCUUUUGGCAUCUAAAUUAUUGAACAAGCUCAUCAAAUUAUAGCGGAGAAGGUGAAAAGAAUCUUUAUUAAAGACAGACAUAACAGGACUUGGAAUUUUCCUUUUUCCUAAAGUGAGGUUCUCACAUAGAUCUCUAUUAAAAGAAGCCAUUGGAAAUUAUCAUUUCAUCAUUUCUUCUCUGCCUAAUCCAAACGCCAAAAAUCAAUGGCCGACUCUUUUCUCCUCAGCAUUGCAGAAAGUGUUAUUGGGAAGUUGGGCUCUCUUGCUCUUGAAGAAUUCUUCUUGGCGUGGGGACUUGAAAGUGAUCUUGAAAAGAUCAAGGAGAACUUGAAGGUCAUCAAAGCCGUGCUUUUGGAUGCAGAGCAGCAGCUGUCACUGAAUCCACGGAUAGAGAUUUGGCUGGAGAAACUGAAACAAGUCCUAUAUGAUGCAGAAGAUGUGGUGGAUGAGUUUGAGUGUGAAGCUUUGCGAAGGAAAGUGGUCAAGUCUGGGAACACCACUCCAAAGGUACGCCGAUUCUUUUCUAGCUCUAAUCCACUUGCGUUCCGAUUUAGAAUGGGACAUAAACUCAAGCAGAUUAGAGAGAGGGUAGAUGAAAUCGCAGCUCUUAAGUCCAAAUUUGGUCUUACUGAGCGAAUUUUUGAUAAGCCUGUCAUUCAUAGGGAGAGGGAGAUGACCCACUCCUUUGUAGAUGCAUCUGAUGUCAUUGGGAGGGAUCAAGCUAGAGAUAACAUUAUUGAAAUGUUGCAACAUGUUGAUGGUGAAAAUGUCUCCAUUAUUUCAAUUGUUGGAAUUGGAGGUCUUGGGAAGACCACACUUGCUAAGUUGGUGUAUAAUGAUCCAAGGGUAGCUACUCAUUUUGAGUUGACAUUAUGGGUUUGUGUUUCAGAUGUCUUUGAAUUAGACAAGGUGAUUAUUAAAAUUCUUACUUGUGCAGAUCCCGGGAAAAAAUGUAUGGAUAUGGGUAUAGAGCAGCUGCAAAGAUCCUUGCGAGAAGCUUUGAAUGAAAGAAAAUAUUUACUCAUCCUAGAUGAUGUGUGGAGUGAGGACCCUAGAAAAUGGCUUGAACUGAAAACUUUGUUAAUGGGAGGUGCUAAUGGAAGUAAAAUUGUAGUCACCACUCGUAGCAAUCGUGUUGCUGAAAUCAUGGGCACAGUCUCUCCCCAAAAUAUGAGUCUUCUUCCACAUCGAGAUUGUUUGUCUUUGUUCUUUAAAUGUGCAUUUAAAGAAUAUGAAGUAAAACAAAAUCCAAAUUUGACAACAAUUGGGGAAGAAAUAGUGAGAAAAUGCAAAGGAGUUCCGCUAGCAGUCAUAACUUUAGGGUCGUUGCUCUACUCUGUAACUGAUGAACGUGAGUGGGAAUUGAUAAGAGAUAGUGAGAUAUGGGAAUUAAAGCAGAAGGAAAAUGAUAUUUUGCCAGCUUUAAGAUUGAGCUAUGAACAUUUGCCAUCUUACUUAAAAAGAUGCUUUGCAUAUUGUUCAAUUUUUCCCAAGGAUUAUAAAUUGAACGAGAUUGAAUUGGUUUAUUUGUGGAUGGCAAAUGGACUUGUUCAAUCUUCCAAUGAGAAUCAAGAGUUAGAAGAUGUUGGCUUUCGCUACUUUAAAGAGUUGUGUUCUAGGUGUUUCUUCCAAGAUUUUUCUGAAUAUUAUGGUAUUGUUAGGUGUAAAAUGCAUGAUCUAAUACAUGAUCUAGCAUUAUCCAUUACACAAAAUGAAUGCUCAAUGUUUCUCGACAGCACUCAACAGAUUGCCAAGAGUAUUCGACAUGUAUCUUUUCCCCAUCCUGAAUCACUUCCGAAAGAUGUUCCUAAAUCCUUACAAAACUUGGAAUGCAUGCGGACCAUUUGCUUUAUGAAUGAAAGAGGAGAGGGAAUAAGCAUUGAAAUGUUCAUUAAGACAUGUUGCUCAAGAUUUCAGUACUUGAGAGUCUUGGAUUUGAGUGAUUCAAGCUUUGAGGAGCUGCCAGCAAGUAUAGGCAAUUUGAAGCAUUUGAAAUAUCUUAAUUUAUGGAUGAACUCUAACAUCAAAAGACUCCCUAAUUCAAUAUGUAAGUUACAAAGCUUGCAGACUCUACUUCUCUGUGGAUGUUGGAAUCUUCAAGAGUUGCCCAAAGAUAUAAGGUGCAUGAUUAACCUCAGAUUUCUUUGUAUUACUACACAGCAAAUGUAUUUUCCAACGGGUGGAAUAGGUUGCCUGAAGUCUCUUCGAUUUCUUUCGGUUACUGGAUGUUCCAAUCUGGAAAAUUUGUUUGAAGACAUGCAAGGUCUCAAAAAACUUCGAAGACUGGUCAUUUCUGAUUGUAGAAGAUUGAUCUCUUUGCCACAAAGUAUAAAAUGCCUAACAACAUUAGAUACUCUUUGUAUUGCUCGUUGUGAAAACCUGGAAUUGAGAAUGGAGGAAGGAGAAGAAACGCAAUUCAGCCUCCAAAGAUUAGAGUUAGGAAGGUUGCCAAAAAUUGUGGACUUUCCGGAAUGGCUUAUUCGAGGAUCUACCAAUAGUUUAAAAGUGUUGAAAGUUGAAGGAUGCAACAACCUUAGAGAAUUGCCAAAUUGCCUACAGAACAUGGCGUCACAUCCAGAGGUUCAAAUCAUACGAUGUCCGAAGCUAAACAAUAAUCCUUACAAAAAGCAGGUGAGAGUUAAUAUAUAGAACUAUGAUUCAAAAUAUCUUCUAACUGUUUGUAUUAUACUUUAUUUUUAAUCCAAGUGGAUAAGUACUAUGUUUCCUUAAGUUCAAAAAGUGUUUUUAAAUUCACUUUCAUGAAUGUUUUAAUUUAUAAAGUCUGCCACUUUUUUAUUUUAUUUUUGUUAUGGAAACUUCAUUAAUUCACUUUUUUUUAGAAUAUUUGAUUGUAUUAUAAUUAUAGUCAAAUAAUGUUACAAUUUAGAUUAUCUUCAAAAAAAAAAUUUAAGGAUAAUGUUAUAAUUUUAUCAUAUAGCAAUUUAAAUUAUGUUUU